AGUCCCGCCUCCGGCGCGUCAAGGGGCUGAGGGCGCUUUUACGCACAGAGCCGCUCGGCUCAGUGUGGAUCUCUGAAGAGAUGGUGCACACGCGCACGUCUUCUGUGAUUCGCCUGCGCUUCUUAGCCCGUCCGAAAGGAUGACUUCGGACAAGUGUGACUUUCUUGAGGGCUCGAAAAACAGAAUAGGAGCUAUGCUGACUUCCAAUGUGACCAGGUCAACCGGUGAAGAAAACGUCACCAGGACAGAGGUCGGUUGCGGUUACGUAUCGGUUGUCUUUCCCAUCACCAUGAUGGCCACGGGCAUGGUGGGAAACUCUUUGGCUCUCAUCCUGGUCUACAUCUCCUACAGGAAGAAGGAGAACAGAAGGAAGAAGUCCUUCUUGCUUUGCAUUGGGUCGCUAGCGCUAACAGACCUGUUCGGCCAGCUCCUGACGAGUCCGAUAGUGAUCUCGGUUUAUCGCGCCGACCUGAGAUGGGAGCGCAUCGACUCGUCUGGCAACCUGUGCGCGUUCUUCGGCGUAUGCAUGACCACUUUCGGCCUGUGUGCGCUCUUCAUGGCCAGCGCCAUGGCCGUGGAAAGGGCCACGGCCAUCACCAACCCGCAUUGGUACUCCAACCACAUGAAGACCAGCGUGACCAAACAGACUCUGGUGGUCAUCUGGUGCCUGGUGUUGCUCUUCGCCCUCCUGCCCGUGGCAGGGGUGGGCAAGUAUACGCGCCAGUGGCCCGGCACCUGGUGCUUUAUCAGCACCGGGGACAGAGAAGUGCCGGGGAACAUCUUUUUCGCCUUCACUUUUGCCUUACUGGGGAUUUUCUCGCUGCUUGUCACGGUAUCCUGCAACGUGGUGACCAUCCGCGGCCUGAUUGUUCGCUGUAAAACCAAGUCUGGCACGUCUCAGGCCUCCAAACACUGGGAAAGACUCACCACGGAGACCGUCAUUCAACUCAUGGGGAUUAUGUGCGUCUUGCUUGUGUGCUGGUCUCCUCUAUUGGUGCUGAUGCUGAGAAUGAUCUCUACCCAGGUGUCCUCUCACGAGUGUAAUUCCUCACCCGAGAGGUCCCAUCCCAACUCGGUGCGAGAUGUUCAGUUGGACUGUAACUUCUUCUUGACCGCCAUCCGCCUGGCCUCACUCAACCAGAUUCUGGACCCCUGGGUUUACCUGCUCCUCAGAGAGAUCCUCCUUCGCAAGUUCUGCCUGGUAGCCAACGCCGUCUCCAACUGCUCCAUUGAGGAUCAGAAGGGGACUCAAACAGCUCUGGAUGCGCUCAAUAAGCAAAACCAAGAAAGCCUCCAGAAAUCCCAAAGUAACACAUAAGACUUGAAUCAGAACAGUGUUCUGAAUUGAUGAGACAUUGAAGUGGAGAUCCUGCAUGUUGACGCAUUUGUUUCAUUUUAAAAAAAAGUCCCCUGAUCAUCAUGUGAAUACAUUUCGUGUCAUAUCCUAUCGAGACGUCUCCUUAUCCUACUUUUCAGUCAUAUCAAUCCCAAGAAGUGUGACUCUAACUUGAAGUGAUGCAUCUUUCUUUUGUCAUCACAUUUUUACAUGAAGAUGUAAACCGUUUAUUGUACAGGAAUGAUCCUAUUUUUAGUGAAAAACAGAACGAAAAAAACGGGAUGGAAGAUUAUUUAUUAAUGAUGAAUGUAGUAAUAUACGUUUUUGGCCAACUGCUUACAAUGCUACCUAUUGAAUCACUGAAUGUAAAUUGCAAAGCAAGCUGUAACCACUGCAAGACACACAAGUCUACAGCUUCAGUGUCACAAAUGUGUCCAUGAAUACAGUAUGUGAAGUUGAAUUCAAGUGUUGCGUUUAUUCAAGAUGUACAAUACUUUUUUUUUUGAAGGAUUGUGAAGUUUGUGCUAAACACCUAACAGUUGCUCAGCAUGAGGAAAAGGCAACUGUAGCUUUUAUGUCAUGUCACCCUAUUUUCCAUUCCAGUUUGAUAUACUGUAUAUGUUUUUUGUUUGGGUAUUUAGGGGACUAAUUGCAUGCUGAUUUUAGGAUUCUCGUGGAGGAACAUUGCUAACAAGAUGCCACAACUGUGCCUUCUCAGCACAUUAGCCGUUUGGAUGAGCUUUUGCUGGCCAGUCACGUGCAUACAGUCCAAAACAGGAGCUGUGUGCUGAACAGCCUGUGUACAUUUCCCAUUCGGCCAUGGCUCAUCCACCCAAUCAAGAAUGUGUCAUAGGUUCACCGAAAUCAUCCGAUUAAGAACCAACGAAAGAAUGAGUUAAUGCAUGUGCCAUGAGCUUCACACAUGACCUCUUGAUUUCUGAACGGGAACAUUUAGCUGAACAAGAAAUCACCACUUGGUGUGUAAUUGAGAGGCCACUCAUUUCAAGUGCUGCUUUAAAUAGAGAGAAUCGAUUCCAAGCACUUGUUCAGAUGUCGAUAAACAUCUCCACAACAUGUUUGUCACGUUGAACUUCAAUGUGUUGGCUUGACCCGAACAGGUUCCACGUGAAUCUGUGGAAAUUAUAGUUUGGUGACAUUUUUAAAAUCAGACAACAGGAAGAAAAAUGGCUCCAGUGCUGUUUCGUUGUUCUUUUCAUAAUAACGGUACAUAGAAAAGGGAGGUUUUAAUUUUAUCCCCCCCCCCCACCCCCAAAUGGAUAUUUUAGUUGGUUCUGUCUAUCUGAAAAUGAUAAAGGUGUAUUUCCAUUGUUAUAUAAAAAAAUACAUUUAAUAUAUAUAUUUUUUUCUUUUGAUCCACAAACAUUGUCUUUGUGGUACAGAUCAAAAGAAACUAUCGUUAUUUUUCUUUUUAUUCAAAAACAACUGUUUGUUUUUUCAGAUAAAUAUGAAAUUUACAUUUUUAUGCCUAGAAAAACAACCAAGUAUUAAAGAUCUCGGUGACCGCCCUUUUAUUUGGAGAGCAAUGUAAAGAUGGAAUGAUUGUAUUUUUAGCAGUGGUCCGCUCAAGGAAAAAAAAAAGAUACUAAUGAUGUGUAUGUCAUGUCAUGAGCGGGAACUGAAUAAAAGGAGGGUGUUUUCUCCAAAUAUUUAACCCUACUGAAUUUACCAGCUUAUCAGUUCUCAAAACUUUGAAGGUUAUGAUGCCCAAACAAGGUAAUGAAGCCCAAACAUCAUUAGGCUUCAUCAAGGUCACAAAUGUUACUCUUCGUUUUUCACUUUAAUUGUCAUUUCUGUUCAUCUACUUUAAAACAACCCAGUUCAAAAACUGUUUUGCUGACACUUUUGAUGACUGACUGUCUUCCUGAUAAAACAGGUUUGGCUGAUCAACACACACACCUUAUAAUGAGCAUUUGAAACGACACUGCACCUUGCAUGUUUGUCUUUUAAAUGAAAUGGUGCAAUAACUUUUAUAUUCACACAUUUGGCAACAUUAACACAUUCCAAAUGCAUAUCUGUAUCAUAUUACGUACAUGUUAUACAAAGUGAACAUUUUUUUAUCAAACUAAAAGGCAGAAAAAUGAAUAAAGUGUCAUUACUAAUGACCCCUGAGACCCGAUUCUCAGAUGAGGGCUAUUUACACAUACACACUGCAUCAUUGAAAUUGUUUCUUGUUUGUCCUUUUUGCUUCUGAAUGUUCUAUGCUUCUGUGUUGAGUCUGAGAGUAAAAAAUAGGAAUGAUGUCAUUGUGCAACCUUUGACCAAGUCUUUGAAAUUGAAUGCGCAUAUUUGAUUCAUUCGCAGUUGCAACGUGACUUACUUACUAAUGUGGUGUUGUAAUGUUGUGAGUCCAAGUCGAAUAAAGAAAAGAAAUACUUUGAA